UUUUUCCUUUUCCUCCCACUCUCUCUCUAACUCUUCUCUUCUGCUCUUCACGGAAGCAUAACCGAAGGUUUCUUUCCUUGGCUUCACCACCAAGAGCUUCCCACUGAGUAGAAGGCCAAUUUCUGCACCGAAUCUUUUUGGAGCCAGGAGAUAUUGAGGAUAGGCAUUCUGGUUGAUUUUGGUAGUGGAAUAUUAGAAUGAUACAUGCUGCGAGUUUGUCCUCUUCGGGGCUCUGCACAUUUGGCUUGAGACCUCAAGCAACAGGGUCGAGUGGAAAAUUUGGAGACUUCUCUAUACAAUCCUCACCUGGGCGUUUUCGCGUUCGAGCUGUGCAAGAGAAUGGAGGGCCUAGGAGACUGGUUGAUAUUAUCAGAGUUGUGCCUGAGCUCUCAAGAAACUAUUUUCAAAGUCCCUCUCGGAGGGCUCUCUUUGGGGGAAUCUCUUUGCUCGGAGGCUUCUAUGUUGCACAGACGAUCUCUCUGUCUUUUGGGGCUUUAGGAGUGAAUGAUGUUAUAGCCGCGGUGUUGUGCGUCCUCCUGACUGAGUACGUUACGAAGUUCUACUACAGCCGCCCGAAAAUAACAUUUCCUGUUGCUCUUCUUAACAAUUUCAAGAUGGGAUUUACGUAUGGUCUCUUCAUUGAUGCUUUUAAGCUGGCAAGUUAGCACCAUUUGAGGUACACUUAACAGUCUUUACAAAAGACCAUCUGAAUUUUUGAAUCUGUGAUCUUCCUAAUGUUCAUAUAUAGUCCUUCUGCAGUAUAUUGUUGAGCCUUCUCAAAUUCCGCUUUCAUUUUUCAAGCAAAUUGCAACAUGUAUAUUCUACCGUGUAAAUGGAUAUUGUUAUAUAACUUGAACUUCUGAGUUUUGGACGAAAGCUGAUAAUCACUCAAUUAUUUAUUUUAAGUCCUUUUGAUGAAAUCCCACCAUAAUAUGCCUAAGUGAUAUUUUGAAGUUUUGAACUUGAGCAAUGGGGGAAUUUGGAUU